AUGGCAAUCCCACAGGAAUGCGAUGUUUUAGUCGUUGGCAGUGGGAACGCAGGCUUCUCAGCCGCUAUUUCGGCUGCUGAACACGGUGCCAGGAAUGUCGUCCUGGUCGAAAAGGCUCCAGAAGAAUGGGCGGGAGGCAAUACCUAUUUCACUGCUGGUGCAUUCCGAACAGUCCAUAGUGGCCUGGAUGACAUUCUUCCGAUUGUGAACAAUAUUCGGCCUGAGCAAGCAGGUAUCAUAGAUAUGGAGCCGUAUACCGUCGAAGAGUUCACCGAAGAUAUGUUAAGAAUGACCGAUGGACAGACAGACCGGGACCUUUGCAAAGCUCUCGUCUGGGAUUCAAAUGCCACCAUCAAGUGGCUUGCAAGCCUUGGUGUUAGGUUCCAAUUAUCAUUCAACCGACAGUCCUACAAAGUUGAUGGACGCUAUAGAUUUUGGGGAGGUAUGUCCCUGAAAACCGAAGAUGGCGGGUUGGGUCUUAUCCAGGACUACCAGGCAGCGGCACGGCGUAAGGGCGUCGCUAUGUUUUACUCGGCGCCGCUGAAAAAACUGGUUUCCGAUCCUGUCACUGGCAUACUCUCUGGGGCAGUUAUUGAGAACAAUGGCAAUGAAAAAUAUAUAAAAACCCAAGCCGUGAUACUAGCUGCUGGAGGGUUUGAAUCAAACCCUCAGAUGCGCAAACAGUAUCUAGGCGAUGGCUGGGACAAGGCUUUCGUCCGUGGCACCCCAUACAAUGUUGGUGAUUGUCUUGAGGUAGCCACUCGUGAUAUGUCGGCAAAACGAGCCGGAGACUGGCGUGGAUGUCACUCAGUCGCAUGGGAUGCCAAUGCUCCUCGCUCUUCCGGUGACCGUGCAAUAUCAAACCAAUUUACCAAGUCGGGUUACCCCCUUGGAUUGAUGAUCAAUGCAGAGGGAGAAAGGUUUGUAGAUGAGGGUAUAGAGAUGAGAAAUUUCACAUAUGCAAAGUUUGGCAGAGCCAUCCUUGCGCAACCCGGACAUAUUGCAUUUCAGGUCUGGGACCAGCAGGCUAUUUCAUGGUUACGGGAAGAAGAAUACCGUCCAGAGGUCGUUGAGCAUAUUACUGCCCCUUCAAUCUCGGAGCUUGCUAAAAAGUGCUCUCGUGUUGGACUACUAGAUCAAGAGACCUUUAUCAAAACAAUCGCCGACUAUAACACCGCAGUUUACCAGCAUCGCCGGGAGAAUGCCGACGCUAAAUGGAACCCAGCAAUCAAAGAUGGACUGUCCACGCAAUCUCAGGCCGGUGGCCUGUCCCUCCCCAAGUCUAACUGGGCUCUCCCUCUCGACCAAGGACCAUAUCUGGCAGUGAAGGUUACCUGCGGCGUUACGUUUACGUUUGGAGGACUAGCCGUGACCCCAGAAACGGCUACUGUCAUUUCUUCGGCCAACAAUAAGCAGAUCCCUGGCCUCUACUGUGUAGGAGAGAUGCUUGGUGGCCUCUUCUAUGGCAAUUACCCGGGAGGUACCGGUCUAACCUCUGGUGCUGUCUUUGGUCGUAGAGCUGGAUCAGCAGCAGCUAGUAGAGCUCAGGGUGCAGUUUCAUGCCACACUUCUACUAGUGUAUAA